AUGCCUCGAUACAGAAGAAGUCCAGAACAAACGAUAGAUUAUGAUGAUGAUGAUAAUGAUAAUUGCUGUCGUCACGGUGAUAAUAAACUCGGACAAAGAAAUGCAGCAAAUGCAAGAGAAAGAGCAAGAAUGAGAAUAUUAAGCAAAGCAUUUUCCAGGUUGAAAACAACAUUGCCAUGGGUUCCAGCUGAUACCAAACUAUCAAAAUUAGAUACCUUAAGACUUGCAACUAGUUAUAUAGCACAUUUAAGAACAAUAUUAACAGAUGAUGGAAAUCCUCCACCGAUUGUUCAUCCCCUUAAUUUGACGUGGCCUUUUACUAUUCAGCAACCAACAUCCGAUAAUACUUCUUCACGAAAUCCUGAAGAUUGGUCGAUGAUGGAAGAAAAUCAAAAUACCAACAGAUCAACCCUUAUAAAUAUAAAUUCAACGAGAGAAAGUCCGACGCCAUGUUCCGAACCUGAUUUAGAAAAUACUCAAAGACAUUACCAAACGAAAAAUCAUCAUUAUUCUGAUCGUAGACAUCAUUAUUCUGAUUCUUUAUUAAAUUUAGGAUGA